UUUGACCCCGAAUAUAAGAGCACAACUUACGGUAUCCCCAUGGUCAAGCGAUCCUAAAACCCUCUUUGCCGCCUUCCUCUCUCUCUCUGUGGCGGUAAAAAUGGCGACGGUUCCAGGGCAGUUGAUUUGGGAGAUCGUGAAGAAGAACAACUGUUUCUUGGUGAAGGAGUUCGGCAGAGGCAACGCCAGCGUCCAGUUCAGUAAGGAGAGCAACAAUCUCUGCAAUCUCAACUCUUACAAGCACUCUGGUCUAGCAAACAAGAGGACUGUAACUAUUCAGUAUGGAGGGAAGGAUCAGUCGGUGUUGCUUGCCACCUCAAAGACUAAGAAGCAGAACAAACCCGCAAGUUUGCUUCAUAAAUCUGUUAUGAGGAAGGAGUUUCCUAGGAUGGCUAAGGCUGUUGUCAACCAGGUUGCAGAUAAUUACUACCGACCAGAUUUGAAGAAGGCAGCCCUUGCAAGACUUAGUGCUGUUCAUAGGAGCCUUAAGGUAGCCAAGUCUGGAGUCAAGAAGAGGAACAGGCAGGCUGUCAACAUCCCUGGUAGGAAGUGAGAUACUUAGGGAACAUGCCAUGCUCGCAUCAGUGUUAGUUUUCUUUAGUUCCAAAGUUUCAGACAGUAAAUUUUUCACUUUAUGUUCCAGGUUGAUGUAUUGGAAGAAUUGUUACCUCUGCUUGAGAUGUUCAACCUAAAUUUUGAGAUAAUUGGUUAUGAGUUUAAUUUUUUUGUGCAUUUGGAAAUUUCAAUUACACUAUAUAUGGGUGUGCAGUUUGAAUUUUCA